AUGACGAAUGUCGUCAUCCGUUAUGGUUGUUCUCAUGGAUCCUUUCUGGAUGCACCCUUCGGAAAGGAUGGGUGUGAGGAGUGUGUUCAACAAUCAAAACGAAGAUUUGAGGCAGCAAAAUCUAGGAGAUAUAAAUUUAAGUCAUCAUCAUCCUCUUGUUAUUCAUUGACUGAUGGAGGUGGUGUUGAUGAUUCAUCACAGUUUAAAAAUAUAACUGAUAAUUAUUAUUAUAAUGUGGUUGCUAAUGAGGAUGACUGGACUGAGGAUGGAAAAUCGAGGAUCAAGGUUGGAAUGAAAAUUGAUGUUGAAUAUUGGGAUGAACACAAUAAUCGUUAUGCUGACAAAAAUUGUAAAUUACAUGAUGAAGGAAAUAUUUCUCACAUUUUAGCGAAUUGUUUUGCAGAAUACAUAAACGAGAAGGAUGAAAUUGAUUUUUCUAUUUCCUACGAUGAGGAAAAUCUGAACCAUUUACAAAAUGCAAAAAUUCAUGAGGUACUGCUGAAACGAAUAAGUUGCUAUGCAAAUGAAAUUUGGUCAUUAGUAUUUCAUUUCAAGUCCGUGGAAGAACUUGUUAAUUUUAUUCGGAAGGAUGUUUUAAAGAAGAAAGCAGAAAACAACACUCCAAGUGAGACGAAUUCAUCUUUAAUCAGACUGCCGAGCCUGGAACAAAACGACCACGAGAUUAAUAAUUAUGGAAUGAUGGGCUUUGGAGUUGCAUCCAACACAGAGUUACCUGGAGAUUUUGGUCGUUUGACACACGAAGACAUGCUUUUAUGCUACAUGAUAAGAUGA